CAAACCGCAUUGCCAUUGACUUUUGUCGCAUGUCUCUCACUCUCCCUCAUUCCCGCGCCCUCGCGCGUCGCACUCACUGCUCCAUUCUCACGUUUCCGCCUCCUGCGUUCCCCGCCCGAGUCGUAAUCACUCCUAAGCACCCGCGUUUGCCGAGACUGAGCGACAGAACAGACUUACCAGCCCCGGACGCUUGUUCUUGCCGAGCCGGGGCUAUAUCGCGAGGAUGGAGUACGGAGGAGGUUCGGGAGGCCCGUCGGGUGGGGCGAAAGUCCGAACCGAAGAAGAAAGGAGACGUUCGGAAGUCUGGUUCAGUCGGUUCGGCAGAGCGAGACGUUCGGGAGGAGGUGCUGAAAGGGCUGAUCAGCAUCGAGGGGUGGCGCGUUGAGCUUGCCGCACCCAAUGCCGCCGAGCUUAACGCUGGGACGAUCGGCGAUCCCGAGGGGCCUUGGGAGGGCGAGGAGAAGGGGUGGUAUGAGGGGAGGAGGUGGGUGGUGGGGCGAGUGGAGGAGGUGAUUGAAGUGGCCGCUGUUGGGGGGGCUGCAGACGCCAUGGGCAAUGAUAGUAGUGCCGGUGGUGGUGGCUUUGGUGCUUGGGUUGGGCUGGCUGUUGGAGAGGAGGUGGUGGGGGAGGAAGGGGAGGAGGGUGAGGAGGUGGAUGGGGAAAGUGGGGGGUCGGAGGAGCGAUGGGAAGAGACGAGGCAAUGGGGGUUGGGAGGGGAGAUGGAGGAGUGGAUGAGGAGAGGGAGGAGGAAGGCGGUAGGUGAGGGCAUUCGCGCGUAUGUGAUGCGCGUGGUGGGGGACGCUCCUCCUGCUGCGCGCAUGGGGAACAGCAGCGGGCGCAGACGAGGAAGCGGACAAGGCAAAUCCACGCUGACGUGGCAGGACAGCAUGGAAGAGGCUGACUGGACCACCCUUUCCUCCUCCUCUGCCCCACUUUCCUCCCCCGGCUCCCCUGCGUCCCCCACCUCCCCCACGUCCCUCGCCCCGCUGCCGCCAGUGGAGCAUCUGAUCCCGCUAGAGGCCGCCAUUCUCGUGGCCGCGCACCCCCACCGAGCAGCCCUUACCAUCGCUCCCCCCCCGGGCCUGCUCGACCUGGGCUGGCAGGCCGUGCGCCUGCACGCCCUCCGCCCCAAGCUGCUCGCCUUCUGUGCUCAGCUGGCGGAACAGCAGCAGCAGCAGCGGCGGCGGCGGCAUUCUGCCUCUCGUCUCACAGCCCCCUUCACACCCCCCAACUUCAAAACACCCUGCACCACCCCCGCCCCACCCGUCAUGCCCACUAUCCGCCAGCUCAGAGCAGCCGGCCGGCAUGACCUCAUCGCUGACAUCAGCGCUGCCGGCGGCCAGCUUGCAGUGGCGCAGGCGCUGGGGUUUGCCGCCCGGCGCCGCCCGACGGGUUUCUGGGAGGACUUGGGGAACGUGGACGAGGAGAUCGAGGCGUUUGUGUCGCGGUGCUGGGUGGUGGAGUGCGGUGACACGGAGAGUAGGCAGGAGGAAGCAGAGGGAGGAAAGGGGGAGGGGACCACGGAAAGUUUGUAUCUGGGUCGGGUGCGGCUCCGCAACUUCUUGUCGGGGGAGGUGUUGAGUGCGGUGCUGAGGGAUGAAGAGGCGGUGCGUGCUGCCAUGGCCGCCGCUGCUGCUGCUGCCCGAGCUGUCGCUCUUGCUCUCGCUGCGUCUCGCGCUCGUCGCAGUGCUGCUGCUGAAGGUGAUGAAAGUGGAGGUGGUACUGAUGCUGCUGAUGAUCAUAGCAGUGGUGGCGAUGGUAGUGCUGCUACUGGUGAUACUGCUGCUGGUGAAACAGCAGAGCCUUCCUUUUCUGAGCUGUUGCAGCGAGCCACUUGUUGGCCCUCAGAUGCUGCUGCUACUGCCUUCACCAGCAGCGGCAGCAGCAGCAGCAGCAGCAUCAGCGAAAGCACUGGAAGCAUUGGGUGGGAAGCAGAGGGCAGUUUCAGCAAUGGCAGCGGCGGCAGCAGCAGGAGUGUGUUUGAUGACGGGCAAGGGUUGGUGGUGGCGAGUGCGGAAGGCAGUGCGGUGAUGCCGCGUGUGAGGGAUGUGGUGGGUGCAGGGCGGUACGAUCUGCACCAUGCCAUCGUGCUGCAUGGUGGUUACCGCCUCGUGGCCAGGGAGCUGGGCCGUGAGAGUGGGUGCUGGGGCGGGCUGGAGAGUGUGGUGGUGCGUUGGGAGGGUGGGGGAAAUGGUAGUGAUGAAAGCGGCAACGCUGAGAGCAGCAACGGUGGGAGAAGCAGUGGUGGUGACGGCAGGCUGAGGAGGCGGGUGGGGCGGGGGGCGCGGCAGCAGAUGCUGGAGGUGACAGCAGGCAGGGUGAGAGCACUCAUGCUCACGCACGGCCUUUCCACCUUCCCCACCUCCUCCCAAAUUCUCGCCCUUGCCGCUCCUCCAGCAACCCCAACCACUCAAUCGGAGGAGCGUGGGUCACGAAACUCUCCCCGUGUCACGCCCCACGCCUCUGCCUGGGAGGGAGAGCAGCUGGUGGCAUCAGAGUGGCGGUGUGGAGGCAUGGAGGAGUGUGCUUCUGCAAGUGCGUCUGCCGUGUCCCAAGGCCCAGCAGGUGCCUGGGAGGGCGAGCAGCUGGUGGCGGCGGUGCGGCGCAGUGGGGGCCCGGGGGCAGUGGCAGACUACCUGGGCGUGCGGCUCAGCAAGCGGGGCCGCGGGCACUGGGCAGAUGAGCACGUGGCUGCUGCUGCUGUGCGCUCCUUCCUCCUCCGCCACUGGGGCCUGCUCCCCCCGUCCCCCCAACCACCCUCCCCUCAGCUACUCACUCCCCACCCAUCUCACCAGCCUUCCUCCCAGCCUCUCACCCCUCCUCAACCCGCCCACUCCCCGCUGCCUCCCCUUGCUCCUCCUGAUCCUCUCCUAGAAUGGGACGAGGAGGAGAGGGCGGUGUGGGAGGAGGCGGUGAGGGGGGGCGUGGUGGAGAGGCAGGGGCGGGGCUUCCCCACAGACGUGCAGCUGGUGGCGGCUGGGCGGCUGGACGUGAGAUACAUUCUGCGCAAGUUCGGCCGAGAAGCCAUUGCUCAGGCCCUAGGUGCUCCCUUGCCGGAAUCCUCCCCCUUGGAAAAACCCGCCGAAGCGCCGACAACGCUCCCCCAGCCAGCAUCACCCGCUUCUCUCCCCACUCCUGCUUCGCUUCCCACGCCUGACGGAGUGAAGAGUGCAGGUCCUUCCCCCGUGGCGGUAAAGGCAACGGCAGAGGAGCUGGCAGCACCGUCGCUCCCCCAGGCAGCACCACCCGCCUCUCUCUCCGCGCCCUCAUCUCUUCCCCCACCAUCUGCACCCUCCUCACUCCCCGCACCACCAGCUGUUGCAUCAGCCCCACUGCCAGCAGCAGCCCCAUCAUUGCCCCAGGGAUCCGCACCCGCUUUGCUGCCUGCGCCACAACCGAGUGAUGGUGACAAGAGUGCAGGUCCUUCCCCCGUGGCGGUAAAGGCAACAGCGGAGGAGCUGGCAGCACCGUCGCUCCCCCAGGCAGCACCACCCGCUUCUUUCCCCGGGCCUGCGCCUCUUCCCCUGCCAACUGGACCCUCCCCUCUCCCUGCUCCUCCAGCUGUUGCAUCAGCCUCACUGCCUAUGGCAGCCCCGUCACUCCCCCAGCCCUCCGCAGCUGCUUCUCUCCCUGCUCCCACAUUUCCUGCCCCACCUUCUGCACCCUCGCUACUCCCAGCGCCAGCAGCAGGUUUGUCGGCUCCCCCACCCAAGGCGCCCCCAUCGCUGCCCCCCAUACCUGCACCUGCUUCUCUGCCUGUACCACUUGCAAAAGAGGAGACUGCAGAUGGGAGUGAAACAGCAGAGAGGGAGAAGAUAGGAAAUGGGGCUAACUGGGAGGAGCGCACUAAGGAGGAGGGGGAAGAGAAAGGGGAUGCGAAGGUGUUGAGGAGAGGGUUGACGAAGGGAGACUAA